AUGCAACUUCAAAGCCUUCAAAAACCCUUCUCUUUCUACAACAAUCCGGGGCCGUGGCCAAAGCUGCAUCCCUUGCAGGAAAAGAUCAUGAUCCAGAGCCUGCAAUCUAUGAAUCAAAGUAGCCCUACAGCUCUGUGGCAAGGACAGAAUAUUGACUUGCAUGAGCCACCCACUGCUGCUAUAGCUCAAGAGGCUCUUGGGAAAAUGAGCAUGCCAAAGGUAAACGAAUUGGAGAAUUCUUUCAUCGUUGGGAACAAUAUUACAGCAGAUGGUAUAGAACAGUCUAAUAUUGCAGGAAGGGAAGUUUCAGGCUUCCAAGCUGAACUUGAUGACUUUCUUAACAACAAAACUGUGGCUUUUGUGCCGCAGGAAGAUCAGAUUACUGAAUUUGAUUGCUUCCAAGAGAUGAAUGGUUCAAAGGAUGACAGUGUGAUUUGGUGGUCUAAUGACUUUGAGACAAAAUCAGCAUCCUCAAACUCUUGGGACUCCACUUCUGUUCUUCAGUCUGAGCAGAUGUUUCAAGAUUAUGGACUAGGUUACAAUAUGUAG